GCGACAGUGUCUGAGUAAGGGCUCCGCGUGCUGCAACGCCCGCUACCCGGCUCUGAGGCAGCGCGAAUCCCGGCUAGCGCCUGCUUUUCCUGGUGUUCCGCCCCGGCCGAGUCCCGCGUGGAGAUGGCAGACGACCUUGGAGACGAGUGGUGGGAGAACCAGCCGGCAGGAGCAGCCAGCAGCCCAGGCUGUGUCCUUCAUACUCAGAAGGCAGGCGACCUGGCUGAAUCCCUCACCCCACAGCUUGCCAGCCUCCACAGAAGAAAGGGUCUAACUGGACUGAGGUGCAGAAUGAGACGACCCAAGACCCGGGAGCCAUCUGCCCAGAGCAGACAAGUAGAGGCAGGAGCAUCAGAUGGUGAAGGAGGAGGAGACACGGAAAUGACUCAGCAGGAGACAGCUCCAGGUCCUGCCCCGUCAAAGAAAAUCAAACCGCCUAAAGAAUGUUUCUUGAUACAACCAAAGGAAACAAAUGAAGAUGCCACCAAGACCAGGAAGAGGAAAAAGAAGAAAAUUACUGAUAUUCUUGCAAAAUCAGAGCCAAAACCAGGGACACCUGAAGACCUACAGAAGCUGAUGAAGGACUAUUACAGCAGCAGUCGCUCAGUGAUUGAAUUAGAAGAACUAACCCUGCCAGACUCCUGCUUCCUCAAGGCCAAUGAUUUAACUCACAGUCUUUCGUCAUAUCUAAAAGAAGUCUGCCCCAAAUGGGUGAAACUUCGGAAAAACCACAGUGAGAAGAAAUCAGUCCUGAUGCUGAUUAUCUGUGGCUCUGCCAUCCGAGCUCUGGAGCUCAUUAGGUCAAUGACUGCAUUCAAAGGAGACAGCAAAGUUAUAAAAUUAUUCGCAAAACACAUAAAGGUCCAGGAGCAGGUAAAAUUGCUGGAGAAGCGUGUAGUACACCUGGGUGUAGGAACUCCAGGGAGAAUUAAAGAACUCAUUAAACAAGGUGGCCUUCAUUUGAACCCCUUAAAGUUUCUGAUUUUUGACUGGAACUGGAGAGAUCAGAAGUUGAGAAGGAUGAUGGACAUUCCCGAGAUAAGAAAGGAAGUUUUUGAACUUCUGGAAAUGGGAGUCCUAAGUCUGUGCAAGACAGAAUCUUUGAAGCUGGGCCUUUUCUAAAUCCAGAUCCUAAUGCAAAGUCCUGUUUUCCUGGUGGGAUUUGUAUGGCUCUGGCCCAUUGCAAGCACUUGGUAAAUACCAGCUAUUGUUUAUUAAGUUGACUGUAUCACCAGAUGGAUCACUAGGAAUCUUAGGUGGGGAUUCUUUUACAAAAUGAAUGUGUCCUUUGCCAAAUCCUUUGUGUAAUAAAGCAUCACUAUCU